UCCCCAAAGGAAGUGCCCGCGCCAGGCCGCCUCGAGGGCGCACCCCGCUACUGCCCUAGCCUGAUGCCCGCCGUCGGUACCCUCCUCGCCCUCGGCUUGCAGAACCAGCCGGCGCCGUGGACUUCUCUGGUCCCUAAUCCUCACGACCGCCAGCCCUGGACUGACAAACACCCAGAUACGUUGACCUUCGGCCUCUGCCUGCAGACCUUCCCGCUGAAGGCCAUCACGGCUUUCAUGGACCACAAGAAGCAGGGCUGUCAGCCCUCGAGAGGCCCCAGCCCUUGCCCGGACUCAGAACUUGAGGACCUGAAGGCUUUGACUUGCCUCCGCUGUGGCCGACAGUUCACAGAGGCCUGGAAAUUGCUGCGCCAUGCCCAGUGGGACCAUGGACUGUCCAUCUACCAGACGGAAUCCGAGGCCCCAGAGACUCCGCUGCUGGGCCUGGCAGAGGUGGCUGCAGCCAUGUCAGCAGUGGUGGGGCAGGAAGUGGAGGCCAAGGGCUCCCAGGCGAACAGCCUCCCCCGGCGGAGCCCCACCUGCUCUGUGUGCAUGAAGACCCUCAGCUCCUUCAGCAACCUCAAGGUGCACAUGCGCUCGCACACGGGCGAGCGGCCCUACGCCUGUGACCAGUGUUCUUACGCCUGUGCCCAGAGCAGCAAGCUCAACCGCCACAAGAAGACCCACCAGCAGCUGCAGCCUCAGAUCCCCGACACUGCCAAGGCCAGCCAGCAACAGGCCUCAGCUGCCCCUCCGGAGCCAGCCGCCCAUGCCGCUGCCCCAGCCAGGACUCUCCUGUGCAGCCGUGAAGGGGCUGGAGCUGCCGACACAGCGGGCGUGCAGGAACCUGGGGCUCCAGGUGGUGGAGCUCAGGCUGGUCCUGGUGGGGAUGGUUGCGGUGUCGCCAUCAAGAAAGAGAGAAUCAACUCUGCCCAGAUCCCAGAGAAGUUGCCUAAGAAGACUCCAAAGACAGUGGGCAAGAGCCAUGGGCCCGGGGGCAGCUGUGAGUUCUGUGGGAAACGUUUCACCUGCAGCAGCAACCUGACUGUGCACCGGCGCUCACACACCGGGGAGCGGCCCUAUACCUGCGAGCUCUGCCCCUAUGCCUGUGCCCAGAGCAGCAAGCUGAACCGCCACCGCCGCAUGCACGGUCUGGGGCCUGGCGGGGCCCGCUUUGAGUGCCCCCACUGCCGCGUGCCCUUCGGCCUGCGGGCCACCCUGGACAAACACCUGCGGCAGAAGCACCCCCAAGCAGGCGGGGAGGCCUGAGUGGCAGGAAUGCCCUUCCCCCCUGCCGUUCCUGGUACCACUGCUCAUGUAUCUGUUGAUCAUGUCCUACUGUGAAUAAAUCCUCCCUCCCUCCCUCUGGUUA